AUGGUACAAACCUACAGAUCUCCCGUCCGCAUUUAUAAACAUCCGUUCGAAAUUGUAAUGGCUGUGGGUUUUUUCCUUAUGUUAUUUCAUUACUUUAAUGUUUCAGCUGUCGAGAAUCGGUAAAAAGUCAUUUCAAAAUGAAAAUAACUUUUUUUUAAACUUUUGUGGAUCUUUGAAAAUGUGGAAUAGCGUCAAAAAGGAUAUCUUCAAUAUAAUUCUGCAAUUUUUGUUCACCUUCAUAUCGGAACUUUCGUGAUUUAUUUCAUUAUAGGAUUUUUUCAAAUUGAAAUCGAGUUCUAGUCAAUAUUUUGAAGUGAUUCAUUACUCGCAGAUGAGUUUUCAAUAAAAUGCUUUUUAUGAUACUAUAAAAUUUUCUUAAGAGUUUUUUCGUUUUAAGUAGAGUUUUCAUAACAUCUUUUAAUUUUCUUCACAUAAUAUAUAAAAAUAUUUUCCCAGCGAUUUUUCAGAUUUUUUUUCUGAAUGAUUUGUGAUAUAGUUAUUGUAGGAAAAAUAUGUAAUACUUUUUCCGAAACGAAAAAAAUGACGAUUGACGUCAAUCUUCAUUUUUUUGUUUCCCAUAUUAAUCACGGUUAGAAAUACAAACUAAAAACCAAAAAAUGACAAAAAAUGAAUUGAGGAAGUUGCUGAAUAAUAGCUGAAUGUUAAAACUUGCGUAUCUUUCUAUAUGAUUAGAUUAGUCAGAUAUAAAAAAACUGAAACAAAAAAAUAAAAAAAUAAUAUGCGGAAGUUGCAAAACUAUAAUUUAAUAUCAAUCUUCAACUUGUAAAAAUUUCUUGGGAAGCGUCUUUUUUCUAUAUUAUCACUUGCAAGUACAAACGGAAACUGAAAAAGAUUUCAAAAAGGAGAAGAAAGAAAUUGAUGAACGUCACGCUAUUCCAUAAGCAAUUCUGAAAAAGAAGAAUACCUGAUGCGAAAGUGUUGAAACUUCAAAUUUCGAGCUAAGAUUACGGUUUCAAUUUUUUUUAAAUUCAUGGUAUCAGAGGGAGGAAGCGAUGUAGUUACUUUAGCAGUAAAAAAACAAGUUUUUGAGAUAAAACUUUGGAGAAGAUUGUUGUUGACAUGGAAAAAGGGGUGCUCAGAGCUUACUUAAAAAUAAACUUUUUUUGAAGGCAUUUUAAUGAGAAUUCGUUCGAAAUAGUUUUUUUGAACCGUGUAUAAAUUUAAUUACAAUUUACAUAGUUGAAGGAAUAUUGAAUAUUAAUUUUUCAGAAUAAACGUUCUCCAGAGCUUUUUUUCAUUGAAAAAAAUGACAAGAAAUAACGGGAGAAUUAUGCAAAAAACUUGAAAAUAACGAAUGUUGCAGGCCUACGAGAUGAGGUUCCCGACGUGUCCGCAAAUCCCGAUUUUCGUGGGCUCCGAGGUGGCUUUCGAGUACAAAAGCGAAGACGGCGCCGAGUGGGUCAUCGAACGGAAAUGCCAAUUGAAUAUCGACGCGCCGUAUCUCGUUAAAAAGGUCUUUUUCUGGAUUAAUUACUGAAUAGUUUUACUUUUCAUAUUUUAUGAUCAAAACAUAUGAGUUUCAUCGGAAAGUUCUGACAAGAAAGGACAUUUAGGAUUUUUUUAGAAUUUUCUAUAAGAUGAAGAUCAUGUUCAUAUUUCUUCAAAGUUAGUAUUGAACUUUUUUUAAGGAGAAAUUGAAGCAAAGUGCAUGUAUAUUGAACUUUAAAAAAAUAGAAUAAAGAAAAAAAUAAAAAAAUUUGGAUAUAAUUUUUUUGAAAUAUCUGACACUUUGUUGAUAUAUUGUAGAAACAGCAGGAAUUUCCAGCUGGAGUCCUCGGAAUAAUAAUCGGAAAAAUAGCCUCACAUUCCAGUUUCAAACAAUGCGUUUUUAAUUAUUUUUUCAACGGCUUGGUAGUCAUUAAAAUUUUCCAAAUCAUUGUACCUCUUGUUUUUUUUCAAGGACCUUCGCUAAGGUUCUUAAAGGAGCAUGGACGGACUUUUAUAAAGAACUUUCGAAGCGAAAAGCUUCUAUUGUUUUUUUUUGCCAGUGAAUUGCGGCGUUUUUGAAAACAUGACCAAUGAUUUUCGAAAAAACGGAGAACAGGAAAAUCCAAUGAGAAUGUCGAGACCUAUGGAACAAAGGAACAGAAACGCCAAAAUGAUCAAAUGAAUCUAAAUAAGGUACAUUUUUUACAGAUUGCCGGAGUUGACUACGUUUAUUUCACCCAGAAGAACUCUCUGAACCGCCGGCGCCGAACUUUGGACAUCGAAGCUUCGAAUAUUUCCUUCGCCAGCAGAAUCGUCGUCAAGGAAAACUGCACUUAUUAUGUCAGUAGUUGGAAAAAAAAUGUCCUAUCAAGGGUCGAAGAGUUAAAAACUUUGAUUAUAAUCAUUGGAAAAAAGAAAUUUAAACUGGAUCAAUCCAUUUGAGGAAAGAGAAAUUCGGAGAAAAAAAAGAAGAUUCGAAAUUAAAAAAAGGUUUUUUCUGGCAGAACUUCCUGUUUCAACGUCAGAUCAAAAUAAGUUUUAUAAAAUUCUAAUUGUUCGUGGCAGAUUAAUUUCGAGGUACAGAGAAACCGUUUGAAAGGAAGGAGGACAGUAGAAAUAUUUAGAUUUGGCGCCUUUUUUUCAUGUUUAAAUGCACUGAAGUUUAUACUGAAACUGUAAUGUUCAAAAUAGUUUCCGCAAAGUUAAAAAUUACCUCUGACUUUCCAAAACAUAAUUAUCCUUUAUAUUCUCCCUCUUUGAAAAUGACAUGAACACAUCUCCCCUGUUAAUAUUUUUACUUUUUUUCGGAUAAAAAGUUUCCCGAAAAAGUUAAUUUUUUUAUUCUUCACAUUUCCGUCAGUAAUUUUUGAUCUUCAAAGUGUUCCUAAACUAUUGAUAACUUUUUUUUUACCUAAAAAAAUUCAAAGAUUAUCUUCCAGGUUCACGCAGAGAACCCCAACUGGACGUGUUUCGAACAGUCGGCCUCGUUGGACGUCAAAUCCUUCUUCGGAUUCGAAACGACUGUCGAGAAACUCGCCGUCAAACAGUACGCCGCCAAUCUUGCCAAGGUUUCUCAUUCUUGAAGUUGUGAACUUUUUAAAUAUUCUUCUGGACAAAAUUUGGAUAGGUUUUGAGAAUUUUUCACUUUGAAAAGCGCUGAUUUUUCUAGUUUUUCUAGUUUUUCUGCAUUUUAAGAGUUUUAUUAUCUUUUUGAGAGGCUCAAAAGCUUUUUUUUAAUAUUUACGAUAAGUGGGAAGAGCCCUUAUGGCUACGCAACUACGUUUAAAAAAAAACCUUAGACGUCAUCUUUAGAGGAACUUCUCAACCUUUAAGUGACCACUUCAAGUUUUUCUUGAUCAUUUACGGUUAGAGCUAUAAAUGUUUGGAGAAAGUACAAAGGAAAAAAACAUUUUUUUGGAGUUUUUUUAUGUAGUUUUUUUAAAUUUUAGUUAUAAUAAGAUUAAAUAUAUAUAAACUUGAUAAGUACUCUUUAUUGAAGUUUCUGUGUUUGUUGACGAAUUUUUCGAUGUUUUAAUUUAUCAUUUUCCUCAACUUAAACUAUCAGAAGAACUUGAUCAACCUCAUCUUUUUUCUUCUUCCAGGGCAAGGAAAUCCUCGAGUUUUUCAUCGAAGAACUCCUGAAGAAGACUACGUACAUCCCGCCUUUCCAAGAUCCGCCACACGACGACCAAAUCGACGAGACGAUCUCAGUCGCAGAUUCGGCGAUCGAGUGCAAGGAGACUUCUGAAGGCGACGUCGUCAUCGUCGGCGCGAAGGAGCCGACGCGUCGCAAGUCGCUGCGAACCUCGACGACCGCGACGUCGGCGACGCCAAUCGCCGCCCAGGCGUCCGCCGAGGACGACGGCGUCCCGCGAACCGUCCGCGCCAGCAGCUUCGACGACGGUUUGUCUUAGGUUCUUCUGGGUUCUCCUCGGCUUUCGUUCGUGUCUUAGGCCUUUCCUAUUCGUCGAUUUGGUUUUGGUGAAUUUUCGAGCUGUAGAAAGGGGAGCAGCUGUGCUCUAUUGAUAAUUUUAUAGUUUAGACUUCAAGAAAAACAAGUUUUUUUAUUUUUUAAGAGCGAAAAAAAGUGGUUCAUUUGGUGAAUUUGUUGAAUUUCAUGUUUAAAAAGAGCGUGAAGGUUAAAUCAUGUGAAAGAAAAAAAUAGGCGUUUUUCCAUUAAAGAUUCUUGGAAAGUAUAUUUUUUCAAACGGCGGCAACGUCAAAUUUUACAAGUGUAAAAAUCAAAAAAAAUUUUGCAGUUUUUCGUAGCUAAUUCUUAGUUACUGGACUAUUUUUGCAUGCAUUUUUCCCUUUUUUUGGGUUUUGGAAGUUUGUCGCCAAGAAAAAAAGAAAUCUCCUACGCUAUCAAAUUCUUCUCACCGCUUUUGGUCCCUGGAAAACCAAAGAAUUUAACCAAUUUUUAUGUUUCAAAUUGUUUACUUUUCGUGCAAUAUUCUCACUAGUUAUUUCCUGGUGUCCUGUAAACUUCGUGUGCUUUGGGAGGAGCAAAAAUGGAAAAUGAGCCUUUCGGAAGUUGGCUUUAUUUACAUAUUUUUACUUGGAACUUCAUUUUUAGAGCAAUUUACCAGAAAUAUUUCGCAAUUGCGCACUGUGAUAAAUUGUACGUGUGUAGGAAACUGUUAUGCAUCUUUUUGUUAUUUUCUCAUUUUUAUGCAAUUUUCUCACUCUGUUAUUUUUUGCAAUCGUUUCACAAUUUGUUCUUUUGGUGAUUUGUGCCAUUCUUGUUCGAUGAACCGUUUUGAAAGAAAUUGUUGAAACGUGUUGCACCGCUAUUUCACAGGCUAUCUUGGUCUGUGAACUAGUUAAGUAGAAAGAGAUCCGUUACCCACUUAAAAAAUCAAAAAGUACAGCUGAGCAUAAAGUUCUUUGAAAAAAUAGCCGCGGUAAAGCUCAACUUUUGCGCUCUACGGAUAACUGUAUGCUUAGAGAAAACGAGUUUGUUUUGUUUUGUUUUUAAAAUUUUUUUUUCUUGUUUUCAGUUUAGGUUUAAUAUUUUCCAAAAAGAUCUAUUCAUUUUUUUUUCAGCUCCGUUCUGCGCCUACAAAAUCUUUGAGCUACUCUAAAAAAAGAUAAUAAUUAGUGAGUCGCUCAAAGAAUGGCUCAAAUAAUAAAAACAGGUGCGUAGCGGUUCAUAUCUUGCAAGUAUUACUCAAUCCACUUCGCGACGCGUUAAGCCAUUCUACAUGCGACCAGGAGGUUUCAAGACGCGUAAUUGUGAACUCAAUUUUGGAAGAUAAGCUUCAUCUUUCAGCCCAUUUCCAAAAUUUGAAUAUUCCAAAGGAUGACUAGACUUUUUCGCAACAAGAAGCAACAAAAAAAAAACAUAUACGCACGGCCGCCGCCAUGAAAACGACUCUUGAGAUUAUUUGCGCAGAGGGAUCGCGGCUCAUUGUGGGACUCGGCGAGAAGAGAAAACGCAGAAAAUCGCCACGAGCUUCUCGCUGACGCCUCAGGCGCCACUGUUUCUUAUUUUCUUUUUUUUGCUGCUCCUUCUCCGAUUAGUCUGCACUUUUAGGAUCGAUUUAUUCCUCUGCUAGAAAAGUCUGUUCGUUCAUUGCACCCGAUAAAUAACUGUAGUCUUUUAUUGUGACUUGAUGCUCAAUCGUAAGUACGACAAGAGUGGUCGGCAGCGGCGGAGCGUCAAAUUUGUCCUUGGUUUGUUGCACUUUUCGAUAGAGAAUCAGUUUUUUCGGAUUUCGUUUAAAUUGAACCUUCGAGAAUUUCUUCAGAUUCUUCUAAUUUUUUCUGCCGGAACACUUUCUGGGGUAUAUACUCAAAGACGUAGAAGUCGUUUCCCUACACGGAAAAAGGCUAAAAGAACCUUUGGAAAAAAAGUCCUAACAUUCGCCUUUUUCCCGACAUUUUUAAGAACUAAAUAAAAGCUCCAGAAUCUUCUGUAUUGUUUCGAUUUUUCCGUGUUAUUCCUAAAAUAACAAUUGAAAUAGCUCUUUGCCUCAAUUUCAAUUAAUUUCAAAUUUCAUAUUUCUUCCGAUAAUCGCGAGAAAAUGAGUUCGUCCUUUUUUCUCAUGCACUAUUUUUUUUUUCCUCAAAGCAGAUUUUCCUGUUUCAUCAUGAUUAUAGAAGGCAAAAAAAAACUUCUUCAAUAUUGCGACAGUGGUUGAGUACACAAUCUUAUUUUUUUCACAAUAUACAGAUAACUAAGAGUUUCCUAUUGAAUAGAAAGCAAGAAAUUGAAGAAUUGUAUUUAAUACAAUGAUGCUCUCUCGAUAGGUAUGCGAAUAAUGAUGGAAAUUAUUUUUAAAAAGUAUUUUUUUAUUUAUAAAAUGAAAUAAAAAUAAAAAAAUAUGGGUAGUGGGGAAUAUUGAUGAAAGUAUUGACGUCCGAUAAGCGUCAAGAAACAAAAAGAAAGAAGAAAAAAAUUGAUUUUUUUGAUGGGUAAAAGAACCAAUUCGAAAAAUUUUGACGGAUUUUGGAUUUAAAAAACGAACUGCUGUUUACAUUUCAAUUGACUUUACAGUGUUGAAAUUGACUUUUUUUUAAUGGGAAAAAAACUUCAAAACGAACAAGACACGACUCGACAAGAACUAGGCCUUGAAGAGAAAAUAUAUUCUACAAAAAUCGCUAUUAUCGGAGAAUAAAAUACUAAUUCUUACAGCUGAAUCGAAGCUCGAGGCCGAGUACAUUCGACGUUUCCUCGGCCAACUCAACCCCCUGGAAGAAUCUCGUCUCUGCGAACUCAAAUACAGUUUGGAGACCCAGCACAAGGUUUCCUCGCGUUUUUUCCAGCUUUCGAGUCUUCUGAUUUGAAGGGAAAGCUGCCGAAUGACGCGCAUUUGCUGCGGUUCUUGCGGGCCCGCGACUUCGACGUCGCCAAGGCCAAGGACAUGGUCCACGGCAGCAUCAUCUGGCGCAAGCAGCACAAUGUCGACAAACUCUUGGAGGUCCUUUUUUGUAGUAGAAGACUAUAUGGCUCAUUCAUGAGUUGAUUCGAACAUUUAGAAGUCAGAGAAUUUACAAACUGUAGGUGGAGUUCCGGAAGUAAAAAAAGUGAAAAUGUUCGAAGAUUCUUCCCGAUUGCAGUAAAAAUCUUCGAAAAACUUGUAGAAGUCCUUUUUUCGAAAUCUUAUUGAUUUAUUCAUGAAUUGAAUCAAAAUUAAUAUGGUUAAAGGGAUUUCAGAAUUAUGAUGGGUAUGAAUGGUAAUACCGUGUUCAAAGUAAUUCUGCCAAAAUAGCCGUCAGUGAAGGAAAAAAAUAACUAGAUUUUGGAGAGUCAGAGAUAAUUUUUCAUUUCGCGGGAAUUCCUCUUAAAACGGCAUAAAGAAGCUGAAGAGACUCCCAAAAAAAAAUUUUUUUCGAAUACAGUAAAAAUAUUCGACAAACUUUUGGAGGUCUCUUUUUGUAGUGGAAAACUGUUCGGCUCAGUUUUUAUGCUUUGAAGAAUUUAUAAUUGUGAAAAGAAUAGAGGAAAAUUGAGAAAAAGGAAUAAUUUUUCAUUUCGCGGGAAUUUUCAAAGUAUUAUUGUAAUUUUGGUCUCUGUCUCUAUUUUAGCCUAACCAACUUGGUAUAGUCCCGACGGUUGGAAAAUAACUUUAGAGAAUAUUUAGAUCAAAAACCUGAAUAUUUUCAAAAAAAAAGUUUCAUCAAAUUUUUAAACGAAGCUUUUUCUUCUCGCUAUUCUUUUCUGUUCUAGGAAUGGAAGCCGCCGUCGCCGAUGACACACUAUUUCCCUGGCUGCUGGCAUCAUGUCGACAAGGUUCGAAAUUUCCAAAAAUAAUUAUUUCAUUUUGUUUUCAUUUCAGUCGGGUCGCCCACUUUACUUGCUUCGACUGGGUCAACUCGACACGAAAGGCCUUUUGAGAUCCUGCGGCGUCGAAAAUAUCGUGAAAUUGACGUUGUCCGUCUGCGAGGAAGGUCUUCAGAAGACGGCCGAAGCUACAAAGAGACUCGGAGUUCCUAUCAGGUAGGGUUUUUUCCUUUUCAUGGCUGAAAACGUUGAUUUUAUGAGUAAAGAAACAUAGGGAAGUAGAAACCGAAGGUAGAAAAUAAAGAAAAAACCUGUUUCUUUAAGCAUCAUUUUUCUGUCUUCAUAGCUUCCAAAGAGGAUAUCAAAGUAAAUCUUCAAAUUCCGAGCUUUGAAAGAUUUAUAAUAACCAUGAAACCUUUAGAAAUAGAUCAAAUUCAAAAAAAAGUCCUAAAUGAAGAAAAAAUAGAAGAUUCUCUGUUUCGUCCAACCUAUAUUUCAAUAUGAACUUGAUACUUAAACUAUUAUUCAUUAAAAUCCAUUUUUCAGUUCGUGGAGCCUUCUCGUCGACCUGGACGGCCUGAGCAUGAGACAUCUGUGGCGGCCAGGCGUUCAGUGUCUGCUGCGGAUCAUCGAGAUCGUCGAGGCCCACUAUCCGGAGACGAUGGGCCAGGUUCUGAUCGUCCGGGCUCCCCGGGUGUUCCCCGUCAUGUGGACUCUCGUCUCGCCGUUCAUCGACGAACGCACGCGCAAGAAGUUCUUCAUCAGCGGCGUCGGGGGCGGCGAGUUGCGCGACGAGCUCCGCAGACACAUCGACGACACUUAUCUUCCUGAUUUCCUGGGUUCGUGAUGGGAUUCCGAUUGGGAAUGGGAUCAUCAUCAGUUGACGUCCAGAAGGGAACAUUUGCAGGAGGCUCUUGUCUGACCAACUGCGGAUUCGGAGGACACGUCCCCAAGACGCUCUACCGUCCGGUCGAGGAAACUGUCGACGCGGCGACGUCUUCUGACGUCCUUGACUCCAUGUACACUAGCACCUCGACGAGCAAAGGAUGUCCUGUCGAGGUUCUUUCUUACAUUCUUUCGUUCUCUUUUGAAAACAGUUCGAAUUGAAUGAGUAAUAUGAGUGAAUGAACGAACAGAUAAGUAAAAAAAAAAAAUGUAUUUUUUUCAAAAAAAUAAAGAAAAAUGUUUUUCUUUUUUUGUCAACUAGUGAAGCAGAAGUUGACCCGGAAAAAGGUAAUGAUAGCAGAAUUUUGAAUUUUACAUGGAACUGUUCUAAUUCCAAAAAAAGAAUGAGAGAUUUUUUUGGAAGAAAAAAAUGUAGCAAAAAGAAGCGCCUUACUAUGUAAUCUGUGGUUUAUCAUGAAAAAAAUAGAAAAUUGGAAAAAUAUCGUUUUUAAAAAAAAACUAUUUUUUUCAAACAAAUGGAAUUUUUUAAAAUUGUGAAACAGACUUUCGAAGUUUUGAAGAGAAGAAUUUAGACAAACUGGAUGCUUUGAGUGGGAAUUCCAUCAAAUUGUAUCUAUAAAUUCCUUCAGGUUGUGAUAGCAAUCGAUACGGCGGGAAGUGUCCUUACUUGGGACUUCGACGUCCUCAAGAGCGAAUGCGAAUUUGUCGUUUACUACACGGAGAAGGUAUCUUUUGUUUAAAAAAACUAAUAGCCUUUCUACUGAAAAAAAUUCUCAACGCUAAUAAUAUAAAUAUGCGAUGAAACCGAUAAAUUAUGGUUUCAAGAAGGUUUUUUUAGUUUUUGGCUCUUUCCGAAUUUCUUUAUUAUUAUUUUUUUUUUUUUGAAAGUCUCGAAUGAAGAUAGAUUUAGCAGGGGAUGAAAUUUGAUCCUAAAAAGCGAUAUUUAUGAAAAAUUGUAAAGAAAAACCUUCCAAAAAAAAAAUCGCGUCGAGCCAUUCUACAUGCGGCCGGGUGACAGAAAUCAAUGUGAAAUAUAGUCGAUCCUUCCCGGCUUAAAAGGCGAGAUAGGUAGAAUGGCAAACGUGACGCGUUGCUUACGCGACGCGGCUUUUCGGCGGGGAACUCGAACUGGAUCGAUUUUUGAAAUAUUUUGUAGCUUCAUUUUGAUGAAUUCUAUCUAAAGAAAUCUCGGGUUUAUAGAAAGUGGAACAGCCGCCGGCGCCCUCUUCACCAACUCUCAACCCCGUCGAGAAAGUUUCGGCUGCUCUUGGAGGCUCCUCACAUCCCCAGCCGACCGUCGCAGCUGCCCCAGAACUAACUCUCGGCCAGGACCUCCAGCUCGAAGAGAAAGCCAACGUCUUCCAUGAAGGAGACUCCAUGCAGGUUCCGAAAACCCCAAGUAUCAAGUAAUCAAUCAAUACCUCAGGGCUCACACUAUUGCUCCCGAGCUGGAACCUACAUCCUGCAGUGGAGAGUCCCGGAAACGACUCUUCUCAACUCUUCGGCCUUCGAUUUCGGAUCUCACAAAUGCCGCUUCAUGUACUACUACGAGAUCCUCAACUCGGCCGAUUUCCGGUACGUAAAUUGAAGGAGAACGUACUAAGGAACGCCAGUAUAUAUUAGAGAAGAAACAGUUCCUAAAUAGAUUAGAUUUACGUGGUCCCUAUAGUGGCCACUAACCCUCCAAAGCACAAGUUGUCCCUGUAAGGUCUUUUUAUUUAUUCUUGUUCAGACUUGAGAAAUCAAAAGACAAACUUCAUCAACUUAUGUUUUAUAUUUUAUUUUAAUUCGAAAGACGCUGACUACUAAGUUAUGAAUUUUCAACUUUUCAGUGGAUCGGUGGCCUCCUUGGAGACUUUCCGAAGCUCUUCCUUCAGUUCAAUCGCUGCUCCGCCGAGCCCCAGCUGCAGCACUCCUGGCAUUUCCAAAAAAUAA